GAAGAAAACGAAAAAAAAAAUCGGGAUCAUCAUGGGCUCGCUGCCAAAUCUUCACGAGUUGUCGAAGGACAAACUCGAGAGUCCUGCUUACAGACCGGCACCGAUCGGUGGUUUAGGACCCAUACGACUGCCAGCUCAGCCUCCGCCUUUAGCACACACACAUAGACGCGCUAGAAGCAGUGGUCAUCAUCAUACCUUGUGGGACAACGAUGCUAUGCUAGAGCACAUGGCGACAUAUUCACCCAUCUCCUGCCGGUCGACCAGAACGUCCGCGUUGUCAUGGCGUCGACGAGACUCGAUGAACUCGUCGGCUGGGGCGUCCUCGGUUCGCCGAUUGAUCGCGGCGGUAAGGGCGGCUCCUUCCGGCCCGAGGCCGCCGAAGAAAGCGAUUCUGAGGCACUGCGCCGCCCUUCUGCUGGGACACGCGAGCUGUUCAGCCGCUACGCUGCCAAUGUUCCCGUUGCAAGCUGGCCUCGGCACCUUCAAUCCUCAUCUGGGGCCGAUGUUGCUCGCCCUGCUCUACGCGAUCGCCACCAUCACCAGCUGCUUCGCGCCGAUCCUCGUCCAGAGAUUCGGGACGAACCUGGCGAUAAGCACUAGCCACAUGGCCACCACCGUUUUCGUCGGGUUACAUUUAUAUCCGAAGUGGUACAUACUGCUACCCAGUUACGCGAUGCUCGGCGCUUGCAUGAGCCCAAAUUUCAUAGCGCGAGUCUCGCACGUGAACGUCUCGGCGACGAGUUUGGCCCUGGUGUGCGUCGACCCGGAGGAUCCUGACGAGACGAGACGCGAGUGCCUUCUCAGGAGACUUAAUCGAGGAAUCAAACUAGCGGAAGACAUAGGUCUCGCACUGGGUUGCUUGAUCGCUGCCAUACUUGUAAAGCUAACAGACUCGCAGCCUCUGAAUAUAGCUAGCAGCGAGAACGACAUGUGCGGAGCGGAGUACUGUCCAGAGGAGACCUAUCAAUACAAUGGCACGAUUUAUGAGCCUACGUUGCCGUCUGGUGCAUCGAAAAUAUUGGUCAGCAUAUGGCUAGGUCUUGCUGUCUUAGGCUUAAGUAUAUCGUGCGCUUUCCUCGACUCUAGGAUGAAGGAACCGCAGACUGUAAACGAAAGGCACAGCAUGCAAAAUAUCCUGCAGUCUGUGAAAGCUGCGUUUCUAGAUCCUAAGCUACAGCUCGCCGCGCCACUCACCCUCUUCAUCGGACUCGAACAGGGUUUCAUCUAUGCCGAUUUUAUAGAAGCAUACGUGGUCUGCACCCUGGGGGGAGCCAAAACGGUGACCAUCAGUUUUUUAGCCCUAGCCUCUUUACAAGCCCUCGCCGGUGUCACUCUGUCAAUGUUACUAAGGCACAUUAAAAGAUACUUCGUAGUAGGAUUUGUAUUCCACGCAUGUUUACUGCUGGUCCUCACUACCUGGAGACCAUCCGGCGACGAUCCAGCACUUUUCCACGUUAUAUCGGCCGCCUGGGGAGUUUGCAACUCUAUUUGGGAAACUCUGAUAUAUACACUGGUACUGGGUUUGUAUCCAAACUCUUGGCAAGGGCCAUUAUCAACGUCCCUGUUCUGGAAGUGGCUUGGCCUUGCCCUUACUCUCGGCUUGCACGGGCUGGUGUGCACGCGGUUCCGAGUACUCGGUCUCUCCGGCGUGCUGAUACUUUCAGUGCUUCCUUACGGAUGGUUAGAGAUCAGGCUGGCGAAAAGAGGGAGCAGCUUGGCGCCAUUGUGACUGGGAGAUCCGGCUGCCAACGACCACCACGGAUCGAGUAUAAAAACAGACGCACGUUACAAAGAUUGAGAUAAGUUCGUUCCAUUCGGCUUAAGGAGGACAAGAAGGCACAAUAGAAGCAGAAACCCUUUCAUCGAGCACGCUGCGACCGUGACGAAAUUGCGGCGGACACGUCGAAGAGCGAACAGCGUAGCCUUCACUUUCAACACUAAACAGAGCGUCAGUGUGAAGGAUAACGAGCCGCAGCCUUCCUCUUCGACUGCGGAUAAUCAUAGAA